AUGGAAUGGCUGGAAACCGGACAGGGUAUCCGCAUCUCUAAGCAAGCCAAUAUCGUAGGGUUAGACCGGAUUGUCUUGGAGGGACACAGUGUGAUUUCGGCCGGUUGCCAGGUGGAGGCCAAUGUGUACAUGGUAGACGGCGAUGAGCGCCGUACGAAAGCGGCCGUGAGUCUCGGCCGGUACUGCGUGCUGGAGAAGAAUGUGCGAGUGAAACCCCCAGUAGUUGGCUACAAGAAGAGGACACCAGGUUCUCAGAGUUCCCAGAGUACACAGAGUACACAGGCUACCCAGAGUAGUCAGGGAAAAAUGCCCAUCCAUUGCGAUAUGAGCGUCAGAUCGCAUGUGUGGAUUGGCCAAGGUUGCAAAGUGUACUGUCGCACGAUAGGAUCGAGCGUCAUUGUUGGGGCUGGGACCCAACUGAACCGGUGUAGCGAGAUUGGGAGUGUUGUGCUGAUUGAUUCGGGGCUGAUUAUACCGGAACGAUUCAAGAUUCCUUCGUACUCGAGGGUUUCGAGACACCCAUCGAUGCCCAAUUCUAUUAUUAUAGAGCCGAUAUCGCCGACGUUUGGACCAAUGAUAGAACAAUGGUGCAAGAAACGGUACUUGGGUGCGCCUGUAGACUUGCUAGGCGAUCCACAGCUACCUACGAUGCGAGAAGACACGGACAUGGCGCUGUGA